GUUAACUUUAUGGCAAAUAAUUCCAAAAAUACGAAGAUUCAUCGAGCUUUUAUCCCUCAAGGACACGUUCUGGUUCACGAAAAAUGGCAUGGAAGUGAACUGGUGAAGGCAAUUCAAGAUCACUACACAAAAGUAAUGUUUGAUGAUACAAUGGGCCUGGCAGACUUCUUACCAUCAAGUGAAGUAGCCAUGGCAUAUCUAACAGAAAGUGACCUUAUCAGCAGUGUUGAUUAUAAGACAAAGAUAUUGAAACUGUCAAAGGUGUACCAAAGAGUUCUAGUUUUGGCAGAGAGAACUUCAAUGAGUGAGCAGUACUUCCCUGCCCUACAACAUUUUGUUGUCAUGGAAAGGUCAUUGGUUCUAAUUCCCUUAACAAGUACCACUGAAGCAGCAAAAUGCAUUACACAAAUGGUGAAACUUGAGAAUAAACCUCUAAAUAACCCGUACCGUAUCAAACGAAAGCCACCAUCAUUUGAUACAUCAUUGCUAGCCACAGUUCAAAAUAUCCCUGGUCUUGGAGAGAAGAAAGCAAUGGAUCUCUUAAAAGAGUUUAAAAGCAUUGAGGGAAUAAGCAAUGGGAACUUCGAGAAAAUGUCUUCAGUCAUUGGAAAAUCUUCUGCACAACAAGUGAAAACAUUCUUUCAACAGUCUUUUCACAAAGACAAAAAAGUUUCAUGAAGGUUAUAUCAGCAGGAUGGGGAGACUGUUAUACUGGAGGCUCAUACAUGGAUGGAUGCUCAAGACGACARAACACACAGAACUUGGCAUUGUCAGCUUCCUCUAGCUGGGUGAUGGAGAAUGGCUUGCUGCAGAUUUGACACUGUAAAUAAAUGUUAAUAUAAAUAUGAACAUGUAUUAUGAAAAAUUCAAUAGACAGAGAAAAAUAGAAAGCAACUAGUUUAGCUUACAAAAAUAUCAAAAGUAGAUUAUUUAACAUAUAGAUUCCAUAUUUUCAUGCAUCAGUGUUAUAAUAAAUACACUGAUGAUGUCAAAAUGUGAUGAAUACAAAAGAAAAAUGUUAUGAAAUGAAGUCAGAGUUCUUUUGAAAUGAAAACUAUAAUAAAACUAUUAGGAAAUAAUAUUGAAAUAAAUUCUUACAUUGACUAUCCUGAGACCAAUAUUUUUCCUGUGUUCCAGUACCACUGGUAUAUCUUCACUGGAUUCUAUGUUCCACAAUCUGACCGUGUGAUCCUAUACGAAUCAAAAACAAAAUGCUGUGUUUCUGUUUUCUAGGUUCUGUUAAAUGACUGGUUUUAUUGUUGAUCAAGGUACAGUAUUUCUAAUAUUGAUGUCUUUAAGUAGAGGUGGAUCCAGCUGGUGGUUGCAGGGGGUGCGCACCCUCUCCUGAGAUCUAUUUCUUUCAAUACUUUCCUUAAUUUGUGGUAAUGAUUUUUGUGGG